AUGAUAGCAGAGUGGGCUAAUGACAAGAAUGGCUCAGCAUCGCAUGCUUGUUCGGAGUGUGAGCUUGGUAUCCAACACAUUCGACUUUCUUCUCCUUUUGUUUUCUCCGCAUUGACAUCAAGCUGCGGUGUCCAAGGGUAUACCUACGACAUACCAGCCCAAUAUGCACUCAACUGGACUGGCCCCUUUCCAGACAGAUCAUGCGACCACACAGAAAUAACAGCCCAGCCAAAUGAUACCUGUAUAAAUCUAUCCGGUUCACAUAGUGUAUCCACCUUCCAUCUGAUCCAGAAGAAUGCCAUGGAUUUUGCUUGUAAUGAUCUGCCUCGGCGUAGCCAUUACCUUUGCCUUCCCUUGCACUGCAAAACACACCAACUUGGAUCGGUGGAAGACUGCAAUUCCCUGGUUGAGGAUUUUAAUAUCACCAUGAAAGAACUCUUGAAGUGGAGCCCCAUGAUCAACUCAAAUUGUACCAACCUCGACUCAUGGAGAGGGUGGCAUCUCUGUACAAGUUCCCCAACAAGUACAAUACCCUAUCGGGAAGAUGGUUCAUUAAAACGUCCCGAGAGAAAACUGCCAACCCCUCCAACCCCUAAUCCCCUUGCCCCAGGAACAAUUGAGGGCUGCUAUAGAUAUGAGAAUGCAAAUGAGGAAGAAUCGGCCCGCGAUGCCUCAUUGAACGUAUGUUGGUGGUGGGCAGCAAAAGGAGAAGUAAAAGUCGAGGAACUUCUCGCCUGGAACCCGAGUCUCCGCUGGGGGGAGGGUUGUUACUUGAAACCUGGGUACAGAAGUGGGUAUAACCGACAAAAGUAUGCAACCAAAAUCAAAGGACAAAGAUUUUCACGCGAAAUAGAAUCAGCUAACAGCUCGAUAGAAUACUUGAGUUGCUCCAAAAUACCAGACUAUACCGGCCUCAGCCUCUCAGAAUUGCGCACGUUAAAUCCCUGGAUAGAGAAAAACUGCAAGGAAGAUACAUUUACAAGCAAACUAUCGGAGGAUGGCUUCCUUCAGCUCUGUCUGGAGCGCUCAAACCCAGAUCUGACGCCGCUAUCCCUACCAAAUUCCAUCCAGCCUGCAGCAACUACAAUUUGCAAGGAGUGGCAUAUCGUUUCCGAAGGCGAUACCUGCCAGAGCGUUAUCGAGAAAUACGGAAUUUCUCCUGAUGAGUUCUCGUCUUGGAAUCCUGGAAUCAGGAAUGACUGCUCGACUCUGUGGGUUGGUUAUGGGGUAUGUAUUGGAGUGAAAAUGUAA